AUGGGAAAGUACGAAAAGGGAACGCCGAAGGAAAUUGCAAAUCGAUGCAAAUCGAAAGGUCUGCAGAAGUUGAGAUGGUUUUGUCAGAUGUGCAAAAAACAGUGCCGCGAUCAGAACGGCUUCAAAUGUCAUUUGACCAGCGAGACGCAUCAACGGCAGCUGCUGCUGUUCGCAGAAAACUCAGACACGUAUCUCAAAGAAUACAGCGAAGAGUUUGAAAAUAACUUUUUGAAGGUAUAA